GAGACCACUGUGAGUUUGUUGUUUUUACGUCACUCACGUUCGGUCUGAGCUAAUCCGAAUAGAUCUAAGUUCGUAUAAUAGUGAGUUAUUUUGAAUUUUAUUAAUUGAAAAAAUGUCAGAUGAAUCAGAUGUUGGAGAGGAAAUUACGGAACCUCGCACUACAGAAGCUGAGGGAGACGAAAAACUCCCGGAUAACCCUCUAAUACAGGACGUCAUACCGGAAUGUCUUUCGCUGCUUUGCAAGAUAGGAAGCGGGCUAACACACGCUUAUGUGCGCUUGGACGUUCACGAUAGAGACAUAACAGAUAUACAAUUAUUGAAAAGUUUUAUCCAUGUUCGUUAUGUGGAUCUUUCAGGCAAUUUUCUACGGGACAUCACCCCGCUCAACCAUCUGACAAAUAUGCUGACACUGAAGGCUGAUAAAAACCAGCUUACCAGCCCAAAACUAGAAGCCUUACCAUUCCUGCAGAUUGCAAACUUUGCCAACAACAAGAUCACAAGCACAGAAGGAAUUGAGCAUCCAUUACUCGAGCAGUUAAACUUGAAUUCGAAUCAGAUCACAUCAAUAUCUGGACUUCACCCGGGAACUCUGACAAAUCUUCAUACUUUGGAAUUGAGAGGAAAUAAACUAGAGUCUACAGCUGGGAUAUACCUUCCUAAUCUGAAGAACCUUUAUCUUGCUGCGAAUAUAAUCAAGUCAAUCGAAGGACUCGAACGUCUUGAGAAACUCACUCUUCUUCACCUCAGAGAUAAUCAGAUCUCGACACUAGAUGGCUUCUCAGAUCAAAUGAAGUCUCUUCAAUAUAUUAACUUGAGAGGUAACAAUAUCACAUCACUCAAAGAGUUGAACAAACUUGUAUCCCUUCCUCUUCUUCGUGCCAUCGUGCUGAACGAUAAUCCAUGCCAGGAAGAGGACAGCUAUAGGGUUGAAGUUCUUAUAUAUUUGAGAAGAUUGGAAAGACUGGAUAAGGAUGAGUACAGUGGGGAAGAACGCACAGAAGCAGAAGAUAUUCAUGAACAGAGAAGACAGGAAGAAUUAUUACUGAAAGGGGAGGAAGGAGGAGAAGAAGAGGGGGAAGCUGCUGCAGAAGAUUAAAUGCUUUAAACAAGGGGGAAACCCCUCCCCACGGACAUGAAAUUUUUUAUCGAUUUGUUCCAGACCAGUCGAAUGAUUGUUAUAUACAGUUCUGUAAAUAAAGAGUAUUUUAUAUAAUAUUG